AAUGCAUCCAGAGGACACAUGACAUUCAAACUUUCAACUUUAACUGAGUACGUACCUCUGUGCACACACUGAAGAAUUUAAUCACGUUCGUUCACGUAUUUACUGAUAGCUACUAUGCAUGUCCGCUUCACUAUCGCUUUCCGUAUGGACCAAACCAUUAACAUCUAACACUUUCUCGCCAAGGUGUCUUGUUUUUCGAAAAUCAGAGAUUUGUGGCUGCUUCUUACUAUUGAGCCGUAAAAACUACUCAUUCUACAGUUGGACCUCAUUAAUAAGGAAUACAAAUUUUGUUUUACGCAAUCCAGCUCAAAGUAUGUCUUCAGUGUGUGAUACUCCCAAGUUUCAAACCGAUGUUAUACCGAAGGCUCAAGAGUUCUACCGCCGACCGUUACCUCGUCAUUGCAUUCCUUUUAGUUCUACUGAAGGAAAGCAAAUAUUUCGCGAGGCUUUGUUAUCUGGACAAAUGGAAACCUACUUCUCCUUGGCUUCUCAAUUUUGCACACAAGAAGAACCUUCUUACUGUGGAUUAGCCAGUUUAGUCAUGGUUCUAAAUGCUUUAGGAUUAGAUCCUGGGCGUGUAUGGAAAGGACCAUGGCGUUGGUAUCAUGAAAGUAUGCUAACGUGUUGUUUACCGCAGGAUGUAUUGACUAAAGGAAUUACACUAGAUGAUUUUGUCAAAAUUGCUCGUUGUUACGGUUUAGAUGUGGACCUACAUCGCGUUACUCCUGAUACUCCACUAUCUUAUUUUCGAGAUCUGCUUAUCAAAGUGACUUCAGGAGCACAUGAAGGUUUUCUUGUUGUUUGCUAUAGCCGCAGCGCUUUAGGCCAGACUGGUUCAGGUCAUUUCGCUCCAGUAGGUGGUUAUCAUCCUGAUAGAGAACUUGUCUUUUUAUUUGAUACAGCUCGUUUCAAAUAUCCACCUCAUUGGGUUUCUCUAACAAAACUUUGGUUUAGCAUGAACCAAGUGGAUCCUGCCACACAACUACCUCGAGGUUUUGUUGUCCUUCGGAAGGCCGCAAUUCCAGUCUCUACAGAACAGUUGGUUAAAGCGCAAAAGGAGCUUCGUCUAAGUUUUAGCAAAGAUAUAAAUAGUGAUCAACACGAUCAGUUAAUUGAUGGAUCGGGUUUGCAUUUAUUUGGAAUUUCUGACUGUGCUUACCAAGCUUAUUCAUCACCAUCUGCUUUGCGUGAUCCAAAUUCUACUGGUUACAAAUUAAAAUCACUCAUAGAUCGAUGGGUGAAUUGGUUAAGGUGUGAUAUAGAAACGUGCACCGACCAGCUUCCAACACAAUUUUGGUAUGAAGCUUUAACAUUCCUAUUUGAUGAAAUCGAUCGAUUAAGGCCAACUAGUUUCUAUUUUGUGAUUCAUCCUUUUACAGCCUUAUCAGAUAAUCAAUUAAACACUAGUAGUCAGUUUUUAAACUUUUCUACGCAUGAUAUAUUACGUGAUCUUGUUGGAUCAUCAUUAGGUCAUAUUGUAACUGAUUUCAUGUUAAAAAUGAACAAAGACUAUUUGACAUGGUUAACUUCUGAUGGUGGUACUUUUCGUUUGUCUAUUUCAACGUUAAAUUCAUGGACUAAACCAAUGGAUGAUUGUCCUUUUACAGUCUUAUCUGAUCCUGGACUAAGAUUUUGUUUAUUGACAACUAGUUUUCUAUUAGCUUUCCCUUAUGAUAAUUUUUCUUCGAAUCAUUCACUAUUCGAUAAUAAUUCAGUCCCAUCAUCUUUAUCUUCAUCCAAUUGUGUAUCACGCCUUCAGAUAAUGAAAAAAUUAACCGAAGAUAUCAAACUAUUACCUACAACUCUUACUGAAUUACAUUCUCUACGAAAUACAUUACAAUCUUUAAUGAAUACAAACAGAAAUCUCUUGUGUACAACUUGUAAAGAUCAGAAAUGAUAAGUGUGGUUUAAUCGUUUGUUUAUUCAAUAACACACUUGAUUGAUAUUAGAACUUUUUUUAAAUCUAGAUAUAUAUAUAUUUUCUUUUCUUUUGUAACCAAGAUUUCUGAUAAAUCUAAUGUUUAUUUCCAUAUUGGUUACAUUGGUGCAUUCAUCACUUCGUUGUUAUCAAUUAGGCAAUUUUUUUCUGUUUCUUACUCCAUUUCUUUCCUAAUAUAUAUAUAUAUAUAUAAUUGUGUGAAAUGAUGCAUCAGUGUUGCAGUUCAAGUGGAUGCUUUCAUUGUUGUUCUAGACAAUCGAUAUCGGCGCCUACUGAAAUAUAAUGCCAACACUCAAUAACAUAUUUUUUAUCAAUUACAAAUUUAUCUGUUUAUUUUUAUUAGAUUGGGAACGAAAAAAUUAUUUUUCUUUUUUUUCUAAAUAAAAACAAUUUUGACUUUUAUUGGUUUACUCGAUUGAUCUGUGUACAAAUUUAAAACCUAUAUGCUUACUUAUUGUCUUUUUGCUCAGGGUAUCUUUAU